UGCUCGUCCAGUUUAGUUUCACUUUCUUUCAACUGUGGCGCAGUUGAUUUCCUCCACCUGAAAGUAAAAGCCAUCAGUUUUAUUCGUUAACCUGUUGUUACAUGAAUUAUCUGACGCUCGAGUUUUUGUUGUUUCUCUAUUUUUAUCGUGGUGUUGUUUUUUUACCGUGUGUUGUGUUGUUUUUGUAAAGUCAGCUCGAAGCCUCCAGGUCGUGUGGAUAUUUGCAGUAGAAGCGGUGGAGUCAGAGUAGAAGCAGAGUGAGCUGCUGCUCAGUAGCUGAACACGGAGCCUUUGUGAGUCUGUGGCUCCGCUCACCGAUGACCGGAGGCAGCUUUUCCUGCCUGAAUCAGCCUGUGGAGGAGGCGGACCUGAGCCGCUGCUCUCCCGCUGCGUGAGCCGCUAAAUGAGGCCUGAGCUCGGCCGGACAGCGGUGGGAGACCAGCUCUGAUUUUGUCUGUCAUCAGAUGGACUGCACGGGACUGAGCUCAGAGGACUGAUGGGGCCUCUGUAAGAUGUUCAGUGAGUCAGAGACCUCCUGGUCCCGUUAGGACAAACUCUACCCGAUGAAUUUGGCUCUGGCAGGUGAUGAUAUCUCUGUGGUUGUUCACAGGUUCAGACUUUACCAUUAGACAAAGCAGGAAACUGCCAGGGGCCCCGACUGAGAGCGCCCCUGGAAUAACAUUUAUUUAGUCCCAGUUGUUGUGUGGAAUAAUCAGCUGUAGCUUGUUUCAUACAGUCGUUUUGUAGAUGAAAUCAGUGCCACCUGGUGGACCGACAGUAGAAGGACAGCAGCUUCCUCUGGCUGCAGUCAGGUGACACUGACCUGACACAGGAAAGAAGAGCUGAUCAGUUUCAGUCAUUUCAGUUGAUGUGCAGAUGAAUGAUCUGUGUUUCCUCUCCAAGUGAGGUGUGUGUGAGCUGAUGUGGAUGUGAGUUCAGCAGCAUGGAUCAGUGUGAGGACAGAGACAAGGGAGUCUGUCCCCGUAAAACCAGUCAGUGGUGGGACCAUGAGACCCAGGCCGAAGCUCAAAGACCAGACUCUGCUGGACCUGGACCUGGACCUGGACCCAGCUGUCUGUCUUUAAAGAGUAAUGAGUCGAAGGAUCUUUUAUUUGAUUUUAAAGGACAGCGCCCUUCUGCUGAUCAGAGAGUGGACCAGGAGAGCUCAGAGGUUCCCAGUGCUCAGUCUGCCCAGCAGCAUCCAACACAGCUGGACUCCAUAUUUAUGCUGCUGGAGGACAACAUUGUGACUUUUGUGAAGAAGGAGCUGAAGGAGAUCCAGAAGGUUCUGAGUCCAGAUGAGAGUCAGAGGGAGGAUGAGGAGGUGUUGGACGGUGAGGACGAAGAGCAGAGGAGGAGCAGCAGAGAGGCUUUGGUGAAGAUCACAGUGAACUUCCUGAGGAGAAUGAAGCUGGAGGAGCUGGCUGACUGUUUUCAUUCAGGACAUGAUGCUGCAGUUUGUCAACAUAAACUUAAAUCUGCUCUGAAGAAGAAGUUCCAGUGUGUGUUUGAGGGGAUCUCUAAAGCGGGACAGCCAACCCUCCUGAAUCAGAUCUACACAGAGCUCUACAUCACAGAGGGAGGGACUGGAGAGGUCAAUGAUGAACAUGAGGUCAGACAGAUUCAAACAGCGUCCAGGAAACCAGCCAGACCAGAAACUACCAUCAGACAAGAAGACAUCUUUAAAGCCUCACCUGGACGAGACGGACCAAUCAGAACAGUGAUGACAAAGGGAGUGGCUGGCAUUGGGAAAACAGUCUUAACACAGAAGUUCACUCUGGACUGGGCUGAAGACAAAGCUAACCAGGACAUACACUUCACAUUUCCAUUCACGUUCAGAGAGCUGAAUGUGCUGAAAGAGAAAAAGUUCAGCUUGGUGGAACUUGUUCAUCACUUCUUUCCUGAAACCAAAGAAGCAGGACUCUGCAGGUUUGAAGACGUCCAGGUUCUGUUCAUCUUUGACGGUCUGGAUGAGUGUCGACCUCCUCUGGACUUCCACAACACUGAGAUCCUGACUGAUGUUACAGAGUCCACCUCAGUGGAUGUGCUGCUGACAAACCUCAUCAGGGGGAAACUGCUUCCCUCUGCUCGCCUCUGGAUAACCACACGACCCGCAGCAGCCAAUCAGAUCCCUCCUGAGUGUGUUGACAUGGUGACAGAGGUCAGAGGGUUCACUGACCCACAGAAGGAGGACUACUUCAGGAAGAGGUUCAGAGAGGAGGAGCAGGUCAGAAGGAUCAUCUCCCACAUCAAGACUUCACGAAGCCUCCACAUCAUGUGCCACAUCCCGGUCUUCUGCUGGAUCACUGCUACAGUUCUGGAGGAUGUGUUGGAAACCAGAGCGGUAGGGUUGCUGCCCAAGACCCUGACUGAGAUGUACAUCCACUUCCUGGUGGUUCAGUCCAAACUGAAAAGUGUUAAGUAUGAUGGAGGAGCUGAGACAGAUCCACACUGGAGUCCAGAGACCAGGAAGAUGAUGGAGUCUCUGGGAAAACUGGCUUUUGAGCAGCUGCAGAAAGGAAACCUGAUCUUCUAUGAGUCAGACCUGACAGAGUGUGGCAUCGAUAUCAGAUCUGCCUCAGUGUACUCAGGAGUGUUCACACAGGUCUUUAAAGAGGAGAGAGGACUGUACCAGGACAGGGUGUUCUGCUUCGUCCAUCUGAGUGUUCAGGAGUUUCUGGCUGCUCUUCAUGUCCAUCUGUCCUUCAUCAGCUCUGGAGUCAAUCUGCUGUCAAAAAAGAAAACAACCUCCCAAAGAUUCGCAAUGAUAACAGGUAAAUCUGCAGCCUUCUACCAGAGGGCUGUGGACGAGGCCUUACAGAGUCCAAAUGGACACCUGGACCUGUUCCUCCGCUUCCUCCUGGGUCUUUCACUGCAGACCAAUCAGAGUCUCCUACGAGGUCUGCUGACACAGACAGGAAGUGUCUCACAGUCCAGUCAGGAAACAGUCCAGUACAUCAAGAAGAAGAUUGAAGAGACUCCCUCUGCAGAGCAAAGCAUCAACCUGUUCCACUGUCUGAAUGAACUGAAUGAUCGUUCUCUGGUGGAGCAGAUCCAACAGUCCCUGAGUUCAGGACGUCUGUCCACAGAUGAACUGUCUCCUGCUCAAUGGUCCGCUCUGGUCUUCAUCUUACUGUCAUCAGAAAAAGAUCUGGACGUGUUUGAGCUGAAGAAAUACUCUGCUUCACAGGAGGCUCUUCUGAGGCUGCUGCCAGUUGUCAAAGCCUCUAACAAAGCUCUACUGAGCAGCUGUAACCUCUCAGAGAGAAGCUGUGAAGCUCUGUCCUCAGUUCUCAGCUCCCAGUCCUGUAGUCUGAGACACCUGGACCUGAGUGACAACGACCUGCAGGAUUCAGGCGUGAAGCUUCUGUCUGCUGGACUGAAGAGUCCACACUGUACCCUGGAGACUCUCAGGCUGUCAGGCUGUCUGAUCACAGAGGAAGGCUGUGCUUCUCUGGCCUCAGCUCUGAGCUCCAACCCCUCCCAUCUGAGAGAGCUGGACCUGAGCUACAAUCAUCCAGGAGACUCAGGAGUGAAGCUACUGGCUGCUGGACUGAAGGAUCCACACUGGAGACUGGACACCCUCAGGGUGGAGCCUGGUGGAGUCCGAUGGUUGAGACCAGGUCUGAGGAAGUAUUUCUGUGAACUCACCAUCGACACAAACACAGUAAACAGAAAGAUCAAACUGUCUGACAACAACAGGAAGGCGACGCGUGUGGAGGAGGAUCAGUCAUAUCCUGAUCAUCCAGACAGAUUUGAGCACUGGGCUCAGCUGCUGUGUAGUAAUGGUCUGACUGGUCGCUGUUACUGGGAGGUUGAGUGGAGAGGAGAGUGUUAUUUAUCAGUGAGUUACAGAGGAAUCAGAAGGAAAGGACGCAGUAAAGACUGUUUGUUUGGAAGGAACGAUCAGUCCUGGAGUCUGUACUGCCCUGAUGUUUAUGGUUACUCUGUUUGGCACAAUAACACAGUGACAACUGUCUCUUCGUCCUCGUUGUCCUCCUCCUCCUCCUCCUCCUCAUCCUCUGUCUCUGACAGAGUAGCAGUGUAUGUGGACUGUCCUGCUGGCUCUCUGUCCUUCUACAGAGUCUCCUCUGACUCACUGAUCCACCUCUACACCUUCAACACCACUUUCACUGAACCUCUGUAUCCUGGGUUAGGGUUCUGGUCGUCUGGUUCCUCAGCGUCUCUGUGUUGAGUGUAGCAGAGAGUCUCCUCCUGUUAGAGAAACUGUUUCACAGAUAGAGCAGUCUGUCCAUGUCUGUCUCAGUCUCUCACACACACUUUCAUGUAUUAAAGCAGUUUAUUAGUUAAACUCUUUUCCUCUUCCAGACUGAAGCUGUGAUUAUUACAGGAUCAAAUGUUGGUGACUUUUACUUUUUAAGAUUCUGUUACUUAUUUUAUCUUUUCACAGUAAAAGCAUCAGUGUGAA